GGUGCAGGGUAGGAAAGGUUUGGUUAAUUUGUGAAGUCAGUGUGUAGACUGUAGGUAGAGUGUGUCAUUAGAUUUUCAUUGGAUUGUUGUUUUAUCAUGUGAUUUGGAGAUAUAUGUGGUGUAUUUAAAAAAAAUAUUUCUGGAUUUUUCUUAAGUUUUGAAAAAGUGGAUUUUUAAGACAAUCUGCUUUACGAACUGUGUAGAUUCCACAACACUAUUCUAACAUUUUUAACUAUGGCUGAAGUGUAGAGAACAUGACUCUGUGAAACUCAAUUUAGAAUACUGCACGUCUGUUUACUAUAUGCAUCUUGUAUCGGGCAGUUGAAAACAUUCCCAUCAUGACGGAGCGUCCAGUUCUACAAAAUGGAUACCUCGGGGCCCAGCCUCUCUUCAAAGAGAUCGGCCUCUCCACUAAAACCCACCCCGAACCGGAAUUCGAAACUGGCGAAAACGAGUUCGUGAUCAAGUUCAAGGCCAGCCAGCCGGUCAAGAUCACGAGCAAGGUUAUCAGCGAGCAGACAGGGGACGAGUCACUGGAGAGGGUCUUCAUCCAAACCCGAGGGGAGGAUGUCAAUCUUCUGGUCAGCCUGGACAAACCCGGGUACCAUCGUCUGCAGAUCUACGCCCUGCCCGCUGCAGACGCCAGCAAACAACUUCCCGGGGUGUUCAACUACCUCAUCAACUGCACGAGCACGCCAAGAAAGUCUCGCAUGUUUCCUAAGCAGUUCGCGCAGUGGAGCGACGGAUGCGUGCUGCUUGAACCCUUCUCACUAGCCGGAGAUCACGUCAAAGGGGACGUGAUGUUCCGCGUGGCGAUCCCACGUGCUCACGCCGUGGCGGUCACGAUUGGGGAGGAGUGGACACACCUCGACCCCGGGGACAACGGCAUCUGGACGGGCCGGCUGAUUGGUAUAGACAACUACAAAGGUAAAGGGCUCCACGCGGUGCUCAACGCGAACUUCAAUGAGGAGGAGGAGACGAGGUACUCGUCGCUCUUGCAGUACACCUUGUAG